CUAUGUUCAUAUAUAGUCGCUCUGUAUGUCUCUGUCUCUCUCUCUCAUUCAUCAUAUUCACACAAGUUUUCUCUUAAUUAGGACAGCUUGAGAGAGAAAUCAAGAUAUGGGGAAGAUGACCAAAUCUGGAGAGAGACCAAAACAGAGACAGAGGAAAGGGUUAUGGUCACCUGAAGAGGACCAGAAGCUCAAGAGUUUCAUCCUCUCCCAAGGCCAUGCUUGCUGGACCACUGUUCCUAUCCUAGCUGGAUUGCAAAGAAACGGGAAAAGCUGUCGACUAAGGUGGAUUAACUACCUAAGACCAGGACUAAAGAGAGGGACGUUUAGUGCACAAGAAGAAGAGACCAUCUUGACCUUACAUUCUUCCUUGGGUAACAAGUGGUCACGGAUUGCAAAAUACUUACCAGGAAGAACAGACAACGAGAUUAAGAACUAUUGGCAUUCAUAUCUGAAGAAGAGAUGGCUCAAAUCUCAACCACAAUUCAAAACAGAAAGGUCAAACGUAACGGAAUCUUCUUCUUCGCCACUUUCUUGCGGAAAAAGAAAUCCAGAAACCCUAGACAACGUGAUCUCCUUCCAGAAACUUCCAGAGAAGCCACCUUCAGCACCAUCACAAGGAAGAAACAAAAACAUGAUGAACAACAACAACAACAUGCCUAAACUCUUCUUCUCCGAGUGGAUCACUUCUUCAGAUCCUCACAUCAAUUACUCCUCAGAUUUUACAGAUUCCAUGCAUAUUAACCGAACGCAAAAUCGAAGCGAAGACGAAGAACUGAUGAUGAUCAACAACAGCUACUCUUCACUUGAGGAUGAUGUCAUGUUCCGUACAGAUUUUCAACAGCCUCAUAAUGAGUACGCAAAUUAUUAUACUUCUGAGGAUUUCUUCAUCAACAGCGACGUAACUUACAUCUAAAGGUAACGUAUACCGAGAAUAAUGAUGUGAGUAUAUGAUUGUUAGAAGAAAAAAUCAAGUUACUUGCGUUACAAGUCACGAUCAAGAAACUAUGUCUGGAUUUUUAGAUCAAACAUGAACAAAGAAAAGCUAUUCGGUGAAAAACUUGUAUUUUUGUUUAUAAAUGCUUUUAGUUAUUUAUAUUUCACGAUAAUCUGUAAAUACAGAUAGAAUAAUGAUUUGUAUAUGGCAGUGUUUUUUA